AUGGGGCAAUCAAAGUUUUGCGCUCAGCGGUUCAACAAGACGCAAGCCGAGCUCGACAAACGCGACACUGAACUUGUCUAUCUGUCCAACUGCAAGAACCUCUUGUCGUGCUGCCCGCCCCUGCACACGGCCGACUCCACCGCGGGUAGCAGCUGCCAGCCGCCUACCAGCGACAACCAAUGCACCGUCUCCUCGAGCAGCUACACGACUUGGGAGAGCGACUCGCCGGCGUGUACCUUCGCGACCAACGUGCGGUUCACGGCGCAUAGCAACUCAGAUGCGCAGAGCCGCCCCGACUUCUCCUGGGGCACCAACGGCUUCAAGAACUUCAACUGCUACAAGGAAAGCGGCCGCGCCAUUUACACGUACAACGGCCCGGAGACGUCCACCACUUGCAGCAGCGUCUACUACUACUGCAUCCCCAGUAAGUAUGCGUGCUUCGAUCGGCUUCGGCAGAGAAGAACCCGGGGUAGAAGGGGCUUGGUCCGGCACUGGCAGAAACCAGGCGAGGGUUAA